AUGCCUCCUGCCUCUCCAUCAACAAUUUUUGAAAGGCGUCGUGAUUCACCUCUGUCCCAGAUCCCUCUUGGAUCCCCAUCAGCAGUUUUUACAAGUCGACAUGACUCACUUCAGUCGCAGAUACCUCCUGUCUCUCCUUCAGCAAUUUUCGUUAGUCGCCGUGAUUCACCACUGUCUCAGAUCUCUCCUGGUUCUCCAUCAGCUGCUUUUACAAGUCGACGUGACUCACUUCAGUCACAGAUGCCUCCCACUUCUUCAUCAACAGUUUAUUCAAAUCGUCGUGAAUCGCUUCAAUCAGAAAUGCCUUUUACUUCUCCAUCAUCGAGUCUUGCAGGUCGCCCAGAUUCAAUUAAUUCUCGGAUGUUACCUACUUCCCCACCAGGAGCCCUUAUUAGUGGCCCAAGUUCUACUGCUUCUCCUGAUACAGCCUAUGUAAGUCGACGAGAUUCACUUAUACUCCAGCCAGAAGUUCCUUCCUCUUACCCACCAAAAUCUCCAAUGAUUCAUCAAGAUUCACUAACACUUCAAUGCCAGAUAAUGUCCACUUCUCCACCAGCUCCAUUCAUGGAUCGACAAGAAUCUCUUGAAGCACCCUUGCCCCCAGUUUCACCACCAUCUCCAUUCAAAGACCGCCAUGAUCUACUUCCCAGACAAACUGAAAUCCUUCCUGCUUCAGCUACAUCUCCCUGCAUCAUGCGUCAAGCUCCAAGCUUAGAACACCAAAACUUUACGAAGUUCCCCAGCAUCUCCCUACAUAAAUCAGGAUAA